AUGGAUGAAUACAAACAUUUCAGCCACCUCCACGACUUGGAACUCUACCAAAUCCAAGAAGAUCAAACCAACCAACAAUUCCGCUGCUCUGGUUGCGAGUCGCUUUGCACCCAUGGCCUCGUUUACGGCUGUCAGAGCUGCGAGUUCUUCCUACAUGAGGCUUGCGCCACCGCACCCCGCUCACUCCAACACCCAUCUCACCCUUCUCACCACCUCACUCUCCUCCCUUCUCCGACUUACCCCGAUGGCUCCUUCCUCUGCAACGCCUGCGGUGCUACUGGCACUGCCUUUUGCUUCUCCUGCAUCCCCUGCGACAUAGACCUUCAUGUCGAUUGUGGCCUCUUACCCCAACAACUCGACCUAGAAUCUCAUCGUCAUACUCUCUCUUUACUCUUUUCUCCUCCCUCUAGUAUAUGUAACUUGUGUCGCCGCGCCAUCGACUCUAGAUAUUGGAGUUACAGUUGCUCCACUUGUAACUUUGACAUCCAUACUUACUGCGCCACGACCCCGACUGCACCCCCGGUUGGAGGCUUGCGAAAUGAUCGACACGUGCAGUUUCCAGCAGUUGGGGAGGGGGAUUACGACAGUGUUUCUCCUGUAGACCGGUAUGGAGGAGUGACAACGGUGAAUACGCGAGUGGGGGUGGUGGAGGAUCCAUUUCUGAAGGCACAGGCAGAGCUACACGAGCUUCAAAUGCAAAUGCAGAUUGUGAAUGAGAUGGCCAAGAUGAUGGCGUCCGUUAACUUGAGCUCUCUUGCACCAUGA